UCCUUAGUAAUUUGUCCAGCUGCACAUAUCUGGUCCUGCUCUCUCACAUGGAUUCCCUAUCAUUUACAGGUGUCUGCAGGAGCCAUGUUUCACCGUCACCUAUGUUGGAUUUCGAUCAAUCCAAUCAUAGAAAAGAUGGGUUUUUCUUGCGGAACAAGUCUAGUUUUGCUACGAAAGUGGACGGACGACGCUUAACAAUCACCCAUGUUGCGAGUCCAUUGAGACCUGUGACUGUUCCAUCCCUGGAGAAUCAAAUCGUCUACCCUGACCGGAACCACGUUGCAUGGACGAGUGUUAGACAAGAACGAUGGGAAGGAGAGCUGGUUGUACAAGGAGAAAUACCUUUAUGGCUGAAAGGGACAUACCUCAGAAAUGGCCCAGGUCUAUGGCAUAUCGAAGAUUACAACUUCCGUCACCUAUUUGACGGUUAUGCCACACUAGUCAAACUCCAAUUCGAGAACGGCCGGUUAAUCGCCGGUCACCGCCAAAUUGAAUCGGAAGCCUAUAAGGCUGCAAUGAAAAAUAAAAAGAUUUGCUUCCGAGAAUUCUCAGAAGUUCCAAAACAUGAAAACUUCAUGGCUUAUGUUGGGGACCUUGCAAAGCUCUUCUCUGGAGCUUCUUUAACAGAUAACGCCAACACGGGCGUUGUCAAGCUUGGAGAUGGACGUGUUGUUUGCUUGACAGAAACACAAAAAGGGUCAUUAGUUAUCGAUCCGAGCAGCUUGGAAACAGUCGGGAAGUUUGAAUAUAGUGACAGCUUGGGGGGUUUGAUACACUCAGCACAUCCAAUAGUGACAGACGCCGAGUUCUUGACCCUGUUACCUGAUUUGGUGAACCCUGGAUACAUGGUGGUGAGAAUGGAGCCAGGGACAAAUGAAAGGAAGGUGAUUGGAAAGGUCAGUUGCAGGGGAGGACCAGCUCCAGGUUGGGUCCAUUCGUUUCCAGUGACUGAGCAUUAUGUUGUUGUGCCUGAAAUGCCAUUGAGGUACUGUGCACAAAAUUUACUCAGAGCUGAACCUACUCCAUUGUACAAAUUCGGGUGGCAUCCUGAAUCUAAAGCCUUUGUUCAUGUUAUGUGUAAAGCUAGUGGAAAAAUCGUGGCGAGUGUGGAAGUUCCAUUAUUCGUGACAUUUCAUUUCAUCAAUGCAUACGAAGAGGAAGAUGAAGAUGGGAGGGUGACUGCUAUUGUCGCUGAUUGUUGUGAACAUAACGCCGACACCACAAUUCUGGAUAAGCUUAGGCUUCAAAAUCUCCGGUCUUUCAAUGGCGAGGACGUACUACCAGAUGCAAGGGUCGGAAGAUUUACAAUUCCAUUGGAUGGGAGUCUCUAUGGAAAGUUAGAGGCAGCAUUGGACCCCGAUGAACAUGGCAGAGGCAUGGACAUGUGCAGCAUCAACCCUGCCUAUUUGGGUAAAAAAUACAGAUAUGCUUACGCUUGUGGAGCCGAACGCCCAUGUCACUUCCCCAAUACCCUCACCAAGCUUGAUUUUGUAAACAAAAAGGCAAAGAAUUGGCAUGAUGAGGGGGCUGUGCCGUCCGAACCGUUCUUUGUUGCUCGGCCAGGGGCGACCGAGGAAGAUGAUGGUAUUGUUAUCUCCUUGGUUAGUGAGAAAAAUGGAGGUGGCUAUGCUUUAUUGUUGGACGGAUCAACAUUUGAAGAAAUUGCAAGAGCAAAGCUCCCUUAUGGUCUGCCAUAUGGGCUACAUGGAUGUUGGGUCCCUAAGAAAUCACAUCAGUAAUAUGAAUUGGCCCAUAGAUCAUGGACCAGACCGAAUGCCAGAGAGAGCCGUGUGAUAUGAUAAUCUAUGCAUUUAAUAUCAUUAAUUAAUGUGAGGUGUACAUAUUAAUAUGGAGGAGAAAUUAGCAGGAAAAUAAAUAACAAUAAGAAAAGAAAAGGAAUAUAUUGUGUGGAUCGCAGAGUAGUGAAAGGUCUAUAGUUGCGGGUGAAAGAGAUACUCUUUAGCCCCUUAGAGCAUUCAUGACCAUAUGUAAGCAAAAAUUAUAAACUAUCAAUCUUAU